AUGGGGGUUAACGGUAGUGGUAAUGGUGAGGGUAGGGGUAAGGGUAAGGAUGUGGUGUUCGAGGAUUACUUUCCGGCGAUGGUGGAGAAAUUGGGGGCGGAGGGGUUUAUGAGCGAGCUGUGCAAGGGUUUCCGGCUGCUGAUGGAUAGGGAGAAAGGAGUAAUCACAUUGGAGAGCUUGCGAAGGAAUUCGGCGGUUUUGGGGGUGGAGGACGCCGCCGGCGACGAGGAGCUGCUCCGGAGUAUGUUGAGGGAAGGAGAUCUGGACGGCGAUGGAUGCCUGAAUCAGAAGGAGUUUUGUGUGUUGAUGUUCCGAUUGAGUCCACAUCUCCUCGCUCAAGCCACAUCGAUGCUGCUCCAUCAUCAUCAUCAUUGAUUCUCGUUUCAUUUCUGCGAUUGAUUGAGACGCCAUUGUAAUUAGUUUUGGUAGAGCUUGUGAUCUGGAGCUGCUUUGUUUUGUCAAAGAAACAAUGGAAUUGAUUUAAUUUUAGCCACUGGAACUGGAAGCUUCUAUA